GGGGAAGCCCAUCAGAGACGGUCGAUUAUCGAAGGUCAUAUACAAAUCCUCUCCAUUUUCCUUCUGAAAUUAUUGCUCUCAGGUGGUGAGGAUGUCAACAGCGGCGAAGAAGAGAUUGAUGAGGGAUUUCAAGCGGUUACAGCAGGAUCCUCCUGCUGGCAUCAGCGGUGCACCUUAUGACAGCAAUAUAAUGUUAUGGAAUGCUGUUAUAUUCGGUCCUGAUGAUACUGCCUGGGAUGGAGGUACGUUUAAGAUGACACUUCAAUUUUCAGAGGAUUAUCCUAACAAGCCGCCAAAAGUACACUUUGUCUCCAGAAUGUUCCAUCCAAAUAUUUAUGCUGAUGGAAGUAUUUGUUUGGACAUCUUGCAAAAUCAGUGGAGUCCUAUAUAUGAUGUAGCUGCUAUACUUACUUCAAUACAGUCUUUACUCAGUGAUCCAAACCCGAAUUCGCCAGCUAAUUCAGAAGCAGCACGCCUAUUUAGCGAGAACAAGCGUGACUACAACAGGAAGGUGCGUGAAAUAGUUGAGCAAAGCUGGACAGCAGACUGACUUCUCUGUUGCUAAAUACAUUACAUGGCAUUCUCCUGGUCGAGUUGUCUGCAUCAAACUAAGAUGUUUUCCAGUGUUUUUGCUACAUCAGUAAUCAAUGUAGUACAAUUUGGUCCUUUUAUGUUGUGUUAGGAGCUCUGAGUUUCUUUACCUUGAUGUUUUGUUGCUCCACUAUGAGAGACUCUGUACAUAUGAUCUGUUGUAUCCAAUUGUCUGAAUUUCUAUAAAGCUAUAUUCCCUUUAA